GAGGGCGGGUGUUGCGGGGGACGGGGGCGGGACAACGGCUGCUGUUUGACCAACGGAGGCGGAGCUAAGGAAAGCUCUGAGGAAGACGAAUCAACGUCUUUAUUUAACGCUGCUGACUUCGCGCCCUUUGACCCCACACAGGAAACCAUCUUCCCUCCCGAACUCGUGUCCCUCACUAAAUGUCAGAGGUCCUCGCUGUGUUUCCAUGGUGACAGAGUGACGUGGCUGCAGCCCGCCAGUCUGGAUGAGUUUCUGCGUCUGAAAUGGGAACAUCCGGACGCCCGGGUGGUGGUGGGGAACACUGAAGUGGGUAUUGAGGUGAAGUUUAAGAACAUGCUGUACCCGCUGAUCCUCGCGCCGUCCUUCAUCCCUGAACUGAACUCAGUGACGUACACUGAGGACGGCGUGUCGUUCGGCGCGGCGUGCACACUCAGCUAUGUGGGGACGGUGCUUAAACAGGCGGUGGAGACUCUUCCUCCUCAUCAGACCCAAGUCUUCCUCGCCGUUCUGGAACAGCUGCGCUGGUUUGCUGGAACGCAGAUACGCAACGUGGCG